ACGCGACGGUACCGUUAUAGAAAUUGCGUGUAUUUCGUAAAAAAAAAUCAAAUUUGAAAAAGAAAGAAAAAAUCAAAUAGAAAUAUUUUAUUCUGUGUAGUUUUUGUUUUGGUAUUUGGAAAAAAAAAUUAUAAAAGUAGAAAAAAAAAGAAAAUAUUUGAAAAUUUUUUAUCAAAAAAAUUUUUUUUUUGUGUCACAAUAUAUACAAUUUAAACCAAUUUUAAUUUGAAAGGAAAAUUAAUUUUGAAAAAAUUUUAAAUUGAAAAUGAAAGUUAAGAAAAAAUUUUUUGUUUUUCUGAUAAAAUAAAAUUUAAAAGGAUUUUAAGGAUUUCGAAAACUAUAGAGCAAGAAAGUAAAAAACACAAAAAAUUUUGUCAUUCAGUUUUUCAUCUCUUUUCCUCCCAUUUUAUACAAUAAAAUCAUAGAAAAUUUAUUUAAUUUUUGGCAUUUUUAUUCUCGUUUUUGUUUAUAAAAUUUUCAAACACGAACAAUAAUUUUUCCCGAUUUCAAGAAUUAAAAGAAAAUUAUUGUAAAGAAAAAUCGCCUUUGUUUCGUUUUUCUCGUGAUUUUUCCAAAAGAAAAACAAGGGAAUAUCAAAAGAAAAUCAAAAAAAAAAACAAUAAAACCCGAAGAGAGAAUAAGAAAAUUUCUAGUAUUUUAACAUUCGUUUUUUAAAUUGCGAUAUUUCGUUUAUUCCUCAUCAAAGAAUUUUUUCGUUUUGGUUAAAUUGCGAUGCUACUCCAUCAAGUACAAGAAUUAUAGCUAAUUUAGAAAGAAUUUUUUUUUUUAUUUCUCAUUUCAAAAUUUUCCAUUUUAAAUACAAGAUAGUGCAGUUAAUCACAUAAUUUGCAUUAAACGUUUUCUAUACUAUUUAAGGAUUUAUAUGAAAAAUUCUAUGAAAGAUUUUUAAUGUAAGAAGACUUUUCCAAAGAAAAUUCCUGUAAGAAUGCCGUAAGUUUAUUAGGUUAUAAUAUCUAUGUUAUCUGACUUAUAAAAAGGAAAAAUAUAUAGAGAAAAUUUUAUAGUGGAAAAUAUAUGUAAAAAAUUUAUUCAAAAAUUUAUUAGAGAAAAUUAUUUUUGUUUCAAUUCUAAAGUGAAAAUUUUCAAGUGUACAAUAGGAAAAAAAAUUUUUGUUUUAAAGAAAAAUUUUAAUUUAAUUUAAAGAAUAUAAAAAAAAAAUUGAGUUUUGAAAGAGUGAUCUAAAAAAAAAUAAAUUUAAUAGUUGAAAAAUGAAAAUUACUUGAAGUGCAUAAUAAACGAAAUUUACUGUUAGCUUAUAAGACAAAAAUUGUUAUAAAGGGGAGAAGAUAAAAGGAAAAACACGAACAACAAGGAUAAGCGAAUGAAAAUUUUAAUGGGAAAAAACCAAUUAUAAUGGUUUCAGGAUUCUAGAUUUGUGAACGAAGCAAGAAAAUAACAUGCACACAAUAUUAUAAGAAAGGAUCAUCAUAAGGAAGUUUGAGGAUUUCUGUAUUCAUUUUUUUUCUAUUGUUGUUCAAUUUUUUUUUUUUUUUUGGAGAAGAAUUUUCAAAAUAAACACUCAAAAUCUAAUAAUAUUUUGUUAUUAUCAUCGUAUGUUUGUUCAUCAAGAGAAUAUAAAAAAAUAUUAAUUGUGACUUAAGCAAAAAAAAAAAAAAAAACAAAAAUCUUUUUAUCCAAUAAAAUUACAAUAUUUUUAUUUUAAAUUUUUUCCUUUUUAUGUUUUUAGAACAGAAAAAAUAAGAAUAAGAAAAAAAAAAUAUUAUACGCAUUAUACAACGACAAAAGCAAUCCUCUAAUAGCAUUCUCUUCAUACAAAUAAAUCGUAUAAAAAAAAAAAAAAUAAGAGAAAAAUGGAAAAUGUAAUGUAAAAGAAGAGCAAAAGCGUGUUAAGGGAUUAAAAUCUAAAAAGCUUAAAAUAUAUUUUAUAACGAAACAUUUUUAAAAUAUCAAAAAAAAAAAAACAACUAAACAAGAAAAAAAAAGGAAAAUUUUUUUCUGUUCCUCCUUGAAGCUGAAAAAAAUUUAAAAAAAUGUUAAGAUUAACUUUCUAGUGAAAAAAAUAUAAUAAAAUGAACAUAAGAAAACAAACUAGUGCUUUAGGGUAAGAAGUGUUACAAAUAAACAUUGUGUGUACUUUUAAAAAUAAGCAAAUUAUAUUUGAAAAUAUUGAAAAAUAAGACCAUUACAAACAUGAAAAUUUUGAAAAUAGUAUAUUUUCAAAAAUAUCACAAUAAUAUUUGAAAAAUAUUAAUGAAAACUACAAAAUUGAAAAUAUAAAGAAAUAAAAACAAGUGAAUUAAUAAAUGAACAAAGAAGUUGCAAAGAAUUUCAGUGUUUCAAUAAUAAUUGUGUGUCAAACAAAGAAACAUAAAAAAUAUGGUUUAAUACAAAUAUUAAAAGAAAUAAAUUAAAAAUAAAAUUAAGUACAGUACAUAUAAAAAAAAUAUAAUCAACAAAUUAAAUAUUCAAGGAUUAUAAAUAAAAAUGUAUAGAAAAAUGUUUAGGAUUUAUCUAAGGAUAGCUUUGCCUGUAAUACUGGCAGUAUUUAUAAUACCAGAUUUAAUUCUCGGACUUAGAGAUGUAUCUGUAACAGUACCAACAGCAGUUAAACGUGGUGAUGAUGCACAUCUUAUAUGUAAUUAUGAUAUGGAAAAUGAUACAUUAUAUUCUGUUAAAUGGUAUAAAGGACGACGAGAAUUUUAUCGUUAUACACCAAAAGAGAAUCCAGCUAUGAAAAUAUUUCCAACAACUGGUGUUAAUGUAAAAUUUCCGUAUAACUAUUUGCAGCAAAUGUCAUCAAAUCAAAGUCAUGUAACAUUAACAAAUGUUCAAUUAAAUUUAUCUGGAAAAUUUAGUUGUGAAGUAUCAGCAGAUGCACCAUCAUUUCAUACAACAAUAGUUUCUGGAAAUAUGGAAGUUGUUGAACUUCCUGAACAACGUCCGAUUAUAACGGGAAUUCAUUCACGUUAUCGAAUGGGUGAUUUAAUAAAUGGAAAUUGUUCAUCAGAAUUUUCUAAACCGGCAGCAAAUUUAACAUGGACAAUAAAUGGAAUACAGGUGAUGCCAAAUCAAGUUAAACAUUUUGAAGUUCAAAAGAAUCCAGUUGAUAAUUUAGAAGCAUCAGUUGCUGAAGUCAGUUUUAUUGUAAAUCAUUUACAAUUUAUACAUGGUCGUCUUAAGUUAAAAUGUUCAGCCAGAAUACAUAAUAUUUAUCAACAGGAAUCAGAAAAAAUUAUUGAAGAAGAUCGCCCAAGAAUUUUAGCAUCUGGAAGAUCACCCGAAUUAAAUAAUUUAUAUCCAUUUGAUCAACAAUCUGACGGUGAGUUUCCAGAUCCAAACGAAUAUUAUUAUAAAGAGACAAAUUCAGCUAAUUCAUUACUUAAAUGUAAAAAUAGUUAUACAUUUUCAUCAAUAUUUUCUACAUCAAAAAUUACUAUGAUGGGAAAAUUUAUUUUAAUUAUAAAUGUAAUAUUAAAAAAUUUUGGAAUAUUAUUAAUUUCAACAUUAAUUUCAAUUAUAUUUUUAAUAAAUAAUUAUAAUUUAAAUAAUUUUUUAACAAUAAAUUUGUUGAACAAUAAUUUUAAAUAUAAUAAUAAUAAUAAUAUUAAGAGAAGUCUAAAUGUAAAAUUAAAUAAUGUUAGUUAUAAUAAUAAUAAUAAUAAUUUAUUAAAAUUAAAUGAAAUAAAUGCUCACUCUAGUUCGUCAAAACAAUAUAAUCAAUUUAAUAAUCGUAAUCAACAACCAGAACAACAAAAACAACAAAGGCCACAACAAUUCCAAAUUGAAUCACAAGUGAACCAAAGUUUACUUAAUUCAUGUCAAAUCUCUUCUUGAUAAACAAAUUCAUUAAUAUUAUUAAUUAAUAAUAUUUCUUUAUAAUUAUAAAUUAUUAUAAUAUUGUAUAAAAUAUUAAUUAUUUAUAAAACAGAAUCAUAUAAAAAAAAAAUAUAAUGCCAAGUAGUAUGCAAAAAAUAUAAAAUAAAAAAUUGAACGACUGAAAAUAUCUUAUAAUAAUAAUUAUUAUAAUAUAGAGCAGAUGAUAGGAAUAAAUAAUAUUUAAAAUAAAAUAAAAAAAAAAUUAAAUAAUAAUUAAUAUAUUUAAUCAAUUAAUUUACAAAAUUAAUUUUCAAAUUAUUUAAAAAAAUAAAACAAAAUUGUUUAAAAAACAAUUUUCAAUAU